CCGGUAUAUUCGGAUAUUGCAUUGUCUACUGGGACGGUGCUCAUGAGGAAUACGAUAUGCGAUCGGCAAGGUUACGUUCGGUGCUGUUUGCGCAUUUCUACUUGUUGUACUCUGUUAACGCCUUUAUUUUGAAUCAGCCGAACGCACAAAUGAACGCUCAAUAUACAAAUUCAGCAGCUCUUUAUCCUCAACAAAGUUAUCCUGCGACUCAUCAAAAUUAUCCGGCGAUUCAACAAAGUUAUCCGUUAACUCAACAAAAUUAUCCGUUGACUCAACAAAGUUAUCCGUUAACUCAACAAAGUUAUCCGUUGACUCAACAAAGUUAUCCGCUGACUCAACAAAAUUAUCCGUUGACUCAACAAAAUUAUCCGGCGACUCAACAAACUUAUCCGGUCACUCAACAAAGAUAUCAACAGCAUCAACAAAGUUAUAGUUAUCCUCCUCAACAAGAUCAUCAGCUUCCACAAAGUUUCCCUUCUUACAAGUCAUAUGCAGAUUCUCAACUCUACCAGAAUCAAUAUUACAACGCAAACUCUUACCCACAAUAUCCUAAUCAAUCUAACUAUCCAGAGGAGAAACAAUCUAAGGUAUUUCCACCAGCUUUGACUAGGUAUUUCAGCAUUAUGUCACAGUUUGUGCAGCUACUGUCAACUGAUGUAACUGACAAUAUGAGCGGAGCGUUUGGACUUCUAGCACUUGCAUAAUAUAAUUAUAGCAAAUCAAAUUAUAGAAAUGAAAAAAAAAUGGUUGAAUUAUAAUGUACGAGUAUAUGCUGCAUUUCAUUAAACAAUUAAACAAAUGAUAUUGAAUUAACCUGUGUUGCUUUAACCUAAUUGCUGUAUGCAUUGUAUAAAAAAGAUUAAGCGUGUCAUUGUGGUGCACGACAAUUCGGCGAAACAACAUUUAUAUUGCUUUGUCAGUAUUUGAGAUACUUAUUAAAAUACUCCCAAUGUAGACCAGUCUAUUUUAAUAUUUGUAUCAAAAUAUUAUACGAUUUUCUAUAAAUCAUUGAGUUAUGUAUUGAAAUAGAAGCAAUAAAAAUGGCUUAUUUGACAUUGAUGUAUCAACACAAUACCCACAAUACCACUGCAAUUUA